UUUCGUCUCAGGACUUGGCGGGAGCGCGGUCGGCUUCCCUCCGUUGUCGCCGUUGUCUCCGCCGCGAUGGCUCCCCUCGGCAGUUGACGCUCGUGGCGCUUUCUUUCCCUCCCGGUUCUUCCUCCUCCUCCUCCUCUUCCAUUUUCGGGCUCUCCGUGAGGCCAGCGCGCUCGCGGCACCAUGAAAGUCAUCAUCGGCAUCGGCGGGAUCACUAAUGGCGGGAAGACCACUUUGACUAACAAACUCACACAGUUGCUGCCCAACUGCAGUGUGGUCCAUCAAGAUGACUUCUUUAAGCCCCAAGAUGAAAUACAGGUUGAAGAUGGAUUUAAACAGUACGAUGUUAUUAGUGCUUUGGAUAUAGAUGCAAUGAUGAAUACCAUCAGUGCCUGGAAAAAAAAUCCCAUUAAGUUUGAGCGAUCUCAUGGCAUUAAUACACUUGAUACCAGAAUCAUGGAGGAAAAUGAUGACACCAUUCAUAUUCUUAUUGUGGAAGGAUUUUUACUUUAUACUUACAGACCCCUGAUCGAUAUUUUUGACGUCCGGUAUUUUCUUUCUAUUCCUUAUGAAGAAUGUAAGAGGAGGAGAAGUUCAAGGAAUUACACCGUCCCAGAUCCACCUGGAUUAUUCGAUGGUCACGUCUGGCCCAUGUACAUCAGACAUAAGAAGGUGAUGGAGAGCCUUAAUGUUGACGUUGUUCAUUUGGAUGGGACAAGAUCGAGGGAGGAACUUUUUGACAUCGUUUACAAUCACAUCCAGAACAAUUUAGAAGAACUGAUUCAUUUGGAGCAUUAAACAAAUAGCCGGGACACUCCUGAGAAGAUAUUUCUUCGGUAGCUGUGUUUUAAUGUGUGUGUGUGCUGACUUGGCGGUACAGUUGAUUUUGUAUAAAUCCUGAUUGUAAGGGUCUAAAAUCUGGUCUUGAUUAAAACACAUCUAUUACUUUUUUUAACUGUA